AUGUCAGUCGAUAUCAAAGGGACCGUACUCGUCACUGGUGCAAACGGCUACAUCGCCGGUCGCGUCAUCGAAGCCUUUCUUCUAGCGGGCUACCAUGUCCGUGGUACCGUGCGCUCCGCAUCGUCGGUCAAGGCUUUGAUCAGCGCUUUGGAAAAUUAUCAUAACAACUUCGAUGUUGUUGAGGUGCCAGACAUCACAGCUUCCGGUGCAUUUGAUGAAGCUGUGAAAGGAGUGGACGCAGUUGCUCACCUCGCUGCUCCCGUUUCUUUAUCCUUCGAUGACCCAGACCCUGUCAUCAAGGCUGCUGUCGAAGGCACGACUAGUAUAUUGGACUCUGCCAUUCGAGAACCAUCCAUUAAGAGUGUCUUGCUGAUGAGCUCGAUUGCCACCAUCAUUGGAAUUAGGGAGGAAGACUAUAAUUAUACUGAGAAGGACUGGAACACUUGGGUCGAAGGUUUACUCCAGAAGCUCGGCAAAAACGCGCCGGGUAACGUAAUCUAUGCAGCUGAAAAGACGCUGGCGGAGAAGGCGUUCUGGCAAUUCAGAGACGAGAAGAAGCCUACCUUCGCGAUGACUUCGAUCAAUCCUGUGUUUGUGUGA